AGACGGUAAGUUUCGGUUUCCAAAUCCCAACGUCAGGGGAGUACCACUGGGACCAUAUAAAUAUCCAGCUCAUAACGACACAAACAGAUAAUUUGUUCUUCAACAGCAUUUUUUUUUCAUUUGUUCUCCGACAUUGAUGACCAUGAGCACAGACUGGACGCCCACCCUGUGGUCAGAGUGUUUUGAGGAGAUGUUGGAUGAGGAGUUGGACAGUAGUGACCAGUGGGCCUUCCACUUCAACUAUGGCCUGACAGAAACACUCACCAAGGAGGAGAGGAGGAGAGAAUGGAGGGUGUACAGCCACUGUGCCUUUGGACAGUUCCAGUGUGGUAAGUGUUUUAAGACGUGGCGGUCGGCACGGGUGGUGGUAGUGUUCCGGUACCGUCUGCAGAAUAAGACAGCGAGGGGGACUGUGCUGAUGCGGCCGCUCGGCCAGGCAUGCAGACGCUGCCGGGAAGAGUUUGAACUCCCAGGUUUCUCCCAGAACGAGGUGGAGGAGGCACUGCUUGGACUGUUUGGAAAGAUUAGGAAGAACUGCUACGGAGAGGAGGAGGAGGAGGAGGAGGAGGAGGAGGAGGAGGAGGAGGAGGAUGAUGAUGAGGAGGAGGAAGAGGAUGGGUCAGAGAAGGUGUCGAUGAGGCCCCAUGAGAAAGCUCUGUGUGAAGCCUGCAGACUGGGCAUCUGCUGUCAAGAGUAGAGAAAAAGAGUGAACGUGUGUGUGUGUGUGUGACAGAGAGACAGUGGGGGGAACAUAUAGCCUAUUGCUGUCUAGAAUUCGUUGUAAAAAUAUUAAGAACAGCACUAUCUAUAAUGUGCCUAUGGACUCAAUGCAAACUUUAUGUAGCCUAAUGUCAUGUACUAACGUUGGCAAAUAGCAAUGACCAAAUAUUUUAUCCAUAACUUCCUUGUACUUUGGAGUUGUGUAAUAAACAUGUAUUAUGUGUAAUAAACGUACAGAAUGGGAAGACUUA